AUGCUGCUCUUUUGCUGGGAAUGCACAAAGACGUUGCAAAACAUCUACAAGUUUCGCCAGAAAAUAUCUGAAGCCCAGAAACUAUUGAACAGUAACUUGUCAAAAUAUGAAUCUCUCUCAAGCCUCACUGCUAUCAUCAAAGUUAAUGAAUAUGAAAGAACUAUUAAAUAUGAAGAGCCGACAACAGAUGUUGAACGAAAACCGGAGCCAGAUUAUCAGAAUGAAACCAAUAACAAAAUAGAAAUAAACAAUAUUGAAACAGAAACUGCUAAUGAUGAACAUAUAACAUAUGAAACUGUAAAAGAGGAAGUUAAAUAUGAAGAUCAUAUUUACGAUGGGCAUAUUGAUGAUAUUGAAAAGUUUGAUGAUGAAGAUGUUAUAGAGGAAUAUAUUGAUGAUAUUGAUAAGUUUGAUGAUGAAGAUGUUAUCGAGGAAUAUAUUGAUGAUAUUGAUAAGUUUGAUGAUGAGGAUGUUAUAGAGGAAUCGAUUGAUGAUAUUGAUAAGUUUGAUGAUGAAGAUGUUAUAGAGGAAUAUACUGAUGAUAUUGAAAAGUUUGAUGAAGUUGUUAUAGAGGAAUCCGUUCAAGCUGUGGUUCCUAUAAAUUUAAAUGUUGUUAAUGAUAAUACUGCUGUCUCACAAAUAGGUGAAGUUGAUGUGCAGGUUAAAAAGAAAAGGAAGAAACCGGUUCUUAAAAAUAAAUUUAGGACUAUUAUUAUGGAAAUAGUUAAACAAAGUUUGUUAUAUGACAAAGUAAGUGAAGUUUACUUUUAA